UUGCUUUCUAUAUGCCGGAGACUACAGCUAGGAAAACAUACUAGAGGGCGUAGCGGGGACACGGGGCGGGGCUUCGUCCGCCUGUACCCAGUCUAUCCCUGGCGAUGGGGCUCGCUGUGCAACACUGCUGAGGACUGCCAAGCGGCAAUGCAGGGGCUAUUCGUUCUCACGAUGCCGCAAUCAGAUAGCUGUCAAUAGGGAGCCGACAGCGGAGCGCCCGGGGGGGUUAGCUGGAGGAAAACGCAAGGGUAGCACAAGCGGAGGAGGGGAGAGAGACCGCGUCUGUUAUUGUUUUUAUUUUUAAUAGGGAAACCAUAAACGGGCCGCUCGCCCCCUGCCCGCGUGCGAUGGUUUUGGAGGGCAGUUCAGAGGCAGUGUGCUCCCCUUCCUCUCUGGAGCUGCGGCAGUCCGGUCACCGCACCUCCUCCUCCUCCUCCUCCUCUUCCUCCUCCGACUCUUCCUCCUCGCCCCUCCAGAACCACGACGCUUUCCUGAGCAACGAGAAGGAGCCAGCCCAGUAUGGGGAACUCAUAGUGCUGGGGUACAACGGCUGUCUUGCGAACGGGGACAAGGGCAGGCGACGUAGUCGUCUGGCUUUCUACAAGAGGAGCAAACCCAACGGGGUGAAACCAGACAUCAUCCACAACAUCUCCACCCCACUGGUGUCCAAGGCCUUUACCAAUAAGAGCCAGCACAGCAUCUCCUACACCCUGUCCCGUAGUCACUCAGUCAUCGUGGAGUACUCUCAGGACGACUGCACUGACAUGUUCCAGAUCGGCCGCUCCACGGAGAGCAUGAUCGACUUCGUGGUGACGGACACGCCCCCGAGCGGUCAGGGCUCCGGCGAGGGCCAGUCCACGCAGAGCACCAUCUCCCGCUACGCGUGCCGGGUCAUCUGCGAGCGCCGCCCACCUUACAGCACACGCAUCUACGCAGCUGGCUUUGACUCGUCCAAAAACAUCUUCCUUGGGGAGCGAGCUGCAAAGUGGCGGACCUCGGACGGGCUGAUGGACGGCUUGACCACGAACGGGGUGCUGGUGAUGCACCCCACGGGAGGGUUCAGUGAGGCCUCGGCCCCCGGGGUGUGGCGGGAGAUCUCUGUGUGCGGGAACGUGUACGCGCUGAGGGAGACUCGCUCGGCCCAGCAGAGAGGCAAACUGGUGCAGAACGAGUCCAACACGCUGCAGGACGGCUCUCUGAUCGACCUGUGCGGGGCCACUCUGCUGUGGCGGACCCCCGAGGGGCUGCGCAGGACCCCCACGCUGAAACAGCUGGAGUCGCUGCGGCAGGAGACCAACGCGGCGCGGCCCCAGUGCCCCGUGGGCUUCAACACGCUGGCUUUCCCGAGCCUGGCGCGGAGGGAGGUGGUCGAUAAGAAACAGCCCUGGGUCUACGUGAACUGCGGACACGUCCACGGAUAUCACAGCUGGGGGUUCCGCAAGGAGAAAGGGGCCGCGGGUGACGAGCGGGAAUGCCCCAUGUGCCGUCGGGUCGGUCCCUACGUCCCGCUGUGGCUGGGCUGCGAGGGGGGGUUAUACCUGGAUGCCGGACCCCCCACCCACGCGUUCUGCCCCUGCGGUCACGUGUGUUCCGAAAAGACUGCCCAGUGCUGGGCUCAGAUCCCGCUCCCCCACGGAACCCACGCAUUCCACGCAGCAUGCCCCUUCUGCGGGACGUGGCUGACGGGAGAGCGGGGUUACAUAAAGCUCAUCUUCCAGGGUCCCGUCGACUGAGACUUGGGGAGGGGGUCGGGCGGUGUAAAUAAAACCAUAACGGAACGCGAAAAUAAAACUUUGGCCUUUAUUAUCCAAAGGUUUUGUG